GAUGCGGCGGGCGGCCCACGGGCGCACACACCCUCUCUGUGCAGCCAAUGGACGUGCGCGCGUCACUGACCGGGCGGCCCGCGAGCGGCAGCCCCUUCAAUAAGCCACAUUGUUGCACGAAACUCCAGCGCAAGAGUCCCGGGCUGCCGCCUUCAUCGCCGAGUCACACAGCUAGGAAGAUCUACCGACGGGAGCAUCGCGCACAUUUGUCUAAGAGGUCCGAUCACCCCAGUGAAGCUGGGCUGCGGUUCUUUCCAAGUUGAGUUUAGUGCCCCUGUGGCUUAGGUUAGUGCUUUGACGUAGGGCAGCCGGACACGUUGCCUGGAGUGUAAUACUUAGUCGCUUUUACCAGUUGUGACUCCAAAGAAUUCCUGUUCCUAGAGCCCCGAGUUCCCACCUAACCAGGCGCGCUUUCGCCGUUAGCCUUCUUCGUGGAUUCCCUGCUCCCCGUCGGGCCCGCCGAGUCUAGGCACAAAGCGGUCGUACCACCCCCAAGCGCUCGCGCUUCGGUUUCCCAAAGUCGGCACCGUCUGGUCGCGCGGUAGGAUGAUUGCCUCGCAUCUGCUCGCCUACUUCUUCACGGAGCUCAACCAUGAUCAAGUACAGAAGGUUGACCAGUAUCUCUACCACAUGCGUCUCUCUGAUGAGACCCUCCUGGAGAUCUCUAAGAGGUUCCGCAAGGAGAUGGAGAAAGGGCUUGGAGCCACCACCCAUCCCACUGCGUCCGUGAAAAUGCUGCCAACUUUUGUGAGGUCCACUCCCGACGGCACAGAACACGGAGAAUUCCUGGCCCUGGACCUCGGGGGCACCAACUUCCGGGUGCUCUGGGUGAGAGUGACUGACAAUGGGCUCCAGAAGGUGGAGAUGGAGAACCAGAUCUAUGCCAUCCCGGAGGACCUCAUGCGCGGCAGUGGAACCCAGCUGUUCGACCACAUUGCUGAAUGCCUGGCAAACUUCAUGGACAAGCUACAGAUCAAAGACAAGAAACUCCCUCUGGGUUUUACCUUCUCCUUCCCCUGCCACCAGACUAAGCUCGACGAGAGUUUUCUGGUGUCAUGGACCAAGGGGUUCAAGUCCAGCGGAGUGGAAGGCAGAGACGUGGUGGCUCUGAUCCGCAAGGCCAUCCAGCGGAGAGGGGACUUUGAUAUUGACAUUGUGGCUGUGGUGAAUGACACAGUUGGGACCAUGAUGACCUGUGGCUAUGAUGACCAGAACUGUGAAAUCGGUCUCAUUGUUGGCACGGGCAGUAAUGCCUGCUACAUGGAGGAGAUGCGCCACAUCGACAUGGUGGAAGGCGAUGAGGGGCGGAUGUGCAUCAACAUGGAGUGGGGGGCAUUUGGAGACGACGGCACACUCAAUGACAUUCGCACUGAGUUUGACCACGAGAUUGACAUGGGCUCGCUGAACCCUGGGAAGCAACUGUUUGAGAAGAUGAUCAGCGGGAUGUACAUGGGCGAGCUGGUCAGGCUCAUCCUGGUGAAGAUGGCCAAGGAGGAGCUGCUCUUUGGGGGGAAGCUCAGCCCUGAGCUGCUCACUACAGGUCGCUUUGAGACAAAAGAUGUUUCCGAUAUCGAAGGGGAGAAGGAUGGCAUCAAGAAGGCUCUGGAAGUCCUGGUACGGCUGGGCCUGAACCCAACCCAGGAGGACUGCGUGGCCACCCACCGAAUCUGCCAGAUCGUGUCCACACGCUCAGCCAACCUGUGCGCAGCCACCCUGGCUGCCGUGCUGCGGCGCAUCAAGGAGAACAAGGGCGUGGAGCGGCUGCGUUCCACCGUGGGAGUUGACGGCUCUGUCUAUAAGAAACACCCCCAUUUUGCCAAGCGUCUUCACAAGACUGUGCGAAGGCUGGUGCCCGACUGUGAUGUCCGCUUCCUCCGUUCAGAAGAUGGCAGUGGCAAAGGGGCAGCCAUGGUGACGGCAGUGGCCUACAGGCUGGCUGACCAGCACCGAGCCCGCCAGAAGACCCUGGAGUCUCUGAAGCUGAACCAUGAGCAGUUGCUGGAGGUCAAGAGGAGGAUGAAGUUAGAAAUGGAGCGCGGUCUGAGCAAGGAGACCCAUUCUGUGGCCCCCGUCAAGAUGCUGCCCACCUACGUAUGUGCCACUCCUGAUGGCACAGAGAAAGGAGACUUCCUGGCCUUGGACUUGGGAGGAACCAACUUCCGGGUUCUGCUGGUACGGGUGCGAAACGGGAAGAGGCGUGGUGUAGAGAUGCACAACAAGAUCUACUCCAUCCCACAGGAAGUCAUGCAUGGCACCGGGGACGAGCUCUUUGAUCACAUUGUCCAGUGCAUCGCUGACUUCCUGGAGUACAUGGGCAUGAAGGGCGUGUCUCUGCCCCUGGGCUUCACCUUCUCCUUCCCCUGCCAGCAGAACAGUCUGGAUGAGAGCAUCCUCCUCAAGUGGACAAAAGGCUUUAAGGCAUCUGGCUGUGAGGGUGAGGACGUGGUCAGUCUGCUGAAGGAAGCCAUCCAUCGGCGGGAGGAGUUUGACCUGGAUGUGGUUGCUGUGGUGAAUGACACGGUGGGAACCAUGAUGACCUGUGGCUAUGAAGACCCUCACUGUGAAGUGGGCCUCAUCGUUGGUACGGGCAGCAAUGCCUGCUACAUGGAGGAGAUGCGCAACGUGGAGCUGGUGGACGGAGAAGAGGGGCGCAUGUGUGUCAACAUGGAGUGGGGGGCCUUCGGGGACAAUGGAUGCCUGGAAGACUUCCGCACCGAGUUUGAUGUGGCCGUGGAUGAGCUUUCCCUCAACCCUGGCAAGCAGAGGUUUGAGAAGAUGAUCAGCGGUAUGUACUUGGGGGAGAUUGUACGUAAUAUCCUCAUCGAUUUCACCAAGCGUGGGCUGCUGUUUCGUGGGCGCAUCUCGGAGCCACUCAAGACAAGAGGAAUCUUUGAAACCAAGUUCCUGUCUCAGAUUGAGAGUGACUGCCUGGCUCUGCUGCAGGUGCGGGCCAUCCUGCACCGUCUGGGGCUUGAGAGCACCUGUGAUGACAGCAUCAUUGUCAAGGAAGUGUGCACUGUGGUGGCACGGCGGGCAGCCCAACUCUGUGGGGCAGGCAUGGCCGCUGUGGUGGACAAGAUACGAGAAAACCGGGGGCUGGACACUCUCAAAGUGACUGUGGGCGUGGAUGGGACCCUCUAUAAGCUACAUCCUCACUUUGCCAAAGUUAUGCACGCAACAGUGAAGGAACUGGCCCCCAAAUGUGACGUGUCCUUCCUGGAGUCGGAGGAUGGCAGUGGCAAGGGGGCAGCUCUCAUCACUGCUGUGGCCUGCCGCAUCCGAGAAGCCGGACAGCGAUAGGACCCCUGACAUCACAAAGGACUUCUGGUUCUCCCCUUCCCCACUUUAAAUUAUAAGAUGUCACCCCCGUGUCAGACUGACCCCUUGGCUUUUCCUUGGCAGAGAGGAUCCCACUGGACUGGGUCUUGUUCCUGUAAUUACUCACUGUACAGUUUGAUACCUACAGAUAAACACAGCUUGAAGUAAGAAUUUGUUCCCAUUAGUCACAACCAGCCCCAUUGGUUCUCUUAAGAAAAUUAACUCUUGGUAGUAAUACCCCUGGUCAUGUUCCACACCUCUGAAAGGAUGGGGGUAAUACUGAUAAUGACAACAGUUCUUCACCUCGGAGCCUGAGCGCAACAUUUCUAUGUGAAAAGCGUCCCCCAGCAGAGCGCCAGACAUCUGGGCAAUCUGCAAGUGAGCCUGAUUCUUCUACAGAAGAGGUAACAGUGGAGGGAAUGGAUUUCCAAGGGACAGCCACUCUUCAGCCUCAUCCACUUAUGUGUGUGCUGUGGAUUCCAGCCUCUGCCCGGACAGUGAAACCAAAGCCAAGAAUUGAUGCUUCCUGCCUGUAGGCUCGUAGUAAUGCCUCUUUGUAGGGCCACAAAUCAUACAUACGCAGUGGAGCUAUUGGGGGCUGGGGAGCAGAGCAUUUCGGUUUGUUUUUCAGAUUUUUUUUCUCCUGCAGAAGUGAAAACACUGUAUUUUCAUUUUAAUUUAUGUUUGAGAUUUAUUUAGUUGAUGAAGUAAGUGUUCAUGUUGACCUGUAAUGGUCAGUUGUAUGUAAUGUAUUUAUAUGUGAAUGUAUUGUAUAUAGAAAUGUGGAGUCCCCAUGGACUCAGCCUCAUUUGUAGAUUAGUUAAGGAUGGAAGGUGGAGUUCCUAGAAAUACCUCGUUCCUGCAUCGCCUCUGAGAAGAGAAGAGAAGCCUCUCUUGGGCGAGCAAAUAAAUGGCAGGGCAGCCACCUUCCAGCUCUUCUUUCCUUCUCUUGCCGGCUUGGAAUGUGUGAAAGGCAGAGACGGGGCAGAGGUGGGGCCUGUAGCUUGGAGGAGAAACUACAGCAAUUGCUGCUCUGUGUAGAGACUAUCCAGCGCAAUAUUCCAUGGGAUGCUGAUCUAAGGAAACCAAAGGAUUCAUUUCAAAGGGACUCAGACAUUUGUACUCUCAUUUCUUAAGGCAGUCAGUGCUCAUGGUACUUUCUUCAAGUUCUGAGAAGAUAAAGGAAGCCACCAAAAAAAUGUCUUAAAAACUGUUACCUAAUUGUCAACAACAGACCAAAAUGAAGCAAUUAAGCAACCAAACCAAGGCUCAGGGACAACUGUUUUUCUUAAUGUAUGUGUGCCCCUGGGUUUGUUUAAUGAGUGUUUUGCAGGAAAUGUUCAUGUGCUUCCCUGGGCUGAGUUGGUAUUGGUCUGCUGACCCGUUUUUAUAUUUUUAUACACAGAAUUUUUUCCAACUGUUGAAAGGGAUGGGAAUGGCAUAAAAACUUCUCUACCCUGAUCAAUUCUGAACACCCAGGACCCAGUUCUCUUCACAAAUGCACGCAACCACAGUCAUUAAACCUAUACACACAUUGAGACUGUUGUAGCACAUUAAACCUCAGCCUGCAGUGCUGACAUCCCAUAUAGGUGCCAGUUGAAAUCCUGGCUGCUCCACGUUCCUUCUAGCUCCCUGCUAAUGCAUCUGGGAAGGCAAGAGAAGAUGGCCCAAGUGCUUGGCCCCUUACCACCCAUGUUGGAGACUCAGAUGAUGCAUCUGCCUCCUAGCUUCUGCUAGACUCAGCCCUGGCCUUGCGGCCAUUUGGUAGCCAACCAACAGAUGGAAGAUCUUUCUAUAUCUGUGUCCUUCUGUCUCUGUAAACUCUGCCUUUCAAAUAAAUAAGUAAAUCUUAAAAUUAAAACAAAAACCUGGACACACAUGACAGAAAAAAUGAGCUUAUAACACCAUUAAGUAAAAUACAAAGAUGCAACAGAGAUGGAAACUCAAGACUCAACUGCCCCCUCCCCCCCCAGUUUUUGCGCAUUUUCCAAAUGUGUACUAUAAAUGGGGCCUGAUUGUUUUAGCAGAGCAAAGUGAAGAACUGCCCAGAUCCCCCUGGGAAGCUCAUGAAGAAGGGGUUGGGCCUUCUCGUUUGUUGCAGGCUCCCUUUGUCUGGGGUAGCUCUUCGGUCACUCCCAUCUACACCAAUUGAUCCAGAAUGUGAGCACCUCUCUGUAAGAAAGCCAAAAGCCACCUGCAGGUUUGUGGGUCACCAAAGGAUGUCCAUGAAUUAGAGAUGAAUCUCAUUGUAAAAUUGAAAAUUAGACAUCUUCUAUGAAAUUAUACUUUUUGUUUUUUAAGGCAGAGAUGUGUGUGUAGCUAUUGAAGAUGUGCUGCUGGUUUGUAAAAAGGAGUGAUGGAAAUGCAUUUUUUAAAUGUUUGCACUCCCAGCGUUUGGCUGACAGCAGCGUGUUGGUGCUGCUUUGCUUGGUGUGAACCAAUGGAUCUCGAUCUUUGGGGUGUGCUAAAUCGUCGAUCAUCUCAAAUCCUUGAGCACUCAGUCUAGUGUAGGUGUUGUCAUGUACGAUAAAGAACUAGUGGAAUUAACUAUGUGAUGUUAACUAUUAAUAAAUUUUAACAUUUUUCAAAAUA